AUGGGGCCUGAUAACGAAAACCAAUCAUGUGAAAACCUUCAUGACACGUCAGCAAUAAUAGACGGAAGAGUGGGGUCCGCACACGACAGGUAUGUCUUGGGGGCUACUUGGUUCGCUGUAACGGAGACCACUAUCCCUAUUGCUCGCGAAUACAAGUGUUACAAACUCAGAUCACCAUGCUCAUCUGGAACAAGAAAAAAAAACAAGAGUGAAGAAGAAGAAGAAGAAGAGAAGAAAAAGCGAGCGAGCAGCCAUGAUUGCAGGCAGAAUAACUUGGGGAGGAAGUUAGGUCACAUGCAGUUUGGAUUGACGUUUAUGUGUACAGAGAGAGGAACAUGGAUCGAGUAUGCGUGUAAGUCAAUCCCGAAGAGGAAGCUAGAGACUGAAGAAGUGGGAGAUGUGAGAAGAUAGACUGAGAUAAUGAAACCACCAAACGUGAUCUCCAUCAAAGGAGCUUAUGAGGACUCGGUAGCUGAUCACAUGGUGAUGGAUCUGUGCAGAGGAGGUGAGCUUUUCGCUAGGAUAGUGGAGAGAGAAUAUUACUCUGAGAGAAAAGCUGCUUAUUUGGCUAAGGCCAUACUUGGUGUGGUCCAGACUUAAUGCCACUCUCUAGGUGUGAUUCAUAGAGAUCUUAAACCUGAAAACUUUUUAUUCGUAAAUGAUCUAUGUUCGUCAAGCCUAGUAUGUUUCUUACACAAACAUAUUUGUUUUUCUCUGCUCUGCUUUGUUUUCUUUAAUGCAGAUUGUUGUCUCAAAGGUGAGAACUUUACUGAUGUGGUUGGAAGUCCACAGUACAUUGCACCUGAAGUUCUGAACAAGGAUUACAGUACUGAAGCAGAUAUUUGUAGCGCAAGUGUGAUGGUUUACAUGCUACUGUCUGGUUCAGCUCCUUUUUGGGGAGUAUAGAUGGAAAAAGAAAUCUUCAAUGAGUAUCUGAAGGAUAAGCUUGAUUUGUCAUCAGAUCCCUGGCCACAAGUUUCUGACAGCGUAAAGGAAUUAAUCAGAAAGAUGCUUGAAAGAAACCCCAACCAAAGACUGACUGCUCGACAAGCUUUGUGCCAUCCAUGGAUUAGGGAUGAAGGAAGUCCGAGUCCACAAGAUACACUGCUAGAUACAACUGUGUUGAGUUGCUUGAAGAAGUUUUCACAAACAGACAAGCUCAAGAAUAUGGCUUUAAGGGUGAUUGUAGAAAGACUUUUAGACGAAGAGAUUCACGGGCUUAGAACCUUCAAGAUUAUAGACGGUAAGAAGAGCGGACGAGUAACUUACAAAUAACUCAAAAGCAUUCUUGAAAGAUUCAACACAAAUCUUGACAACUCUAUGCAAACACCAACUGAUCACUUGGAAGGCACAUUAGACUAUGAUGAAUUCGUAUAGGAGAUUGUAAGACUAGAACAUCUAGAUGAUGAAGCAAGUGAUCGUUUAGAUUCAUCAGCAAAAGUGUAAUAAAGUUGGAGUGAAAUACAUUGUUGCUGCUGAAGAAGUAUGAAGGGUAUUCAAAACUGAUGGUGAAGAAUACUGUAGGAAGCUACCAAAGAGCUGCUACAAGUUGAAUGGGAGAACAGAACAAGGAGACGAGGAACACAAGUUGUGAUGGGUGGAAAGACAAAUAAUUGUGUAGGUUCUUUUUUGUAUUUAUUAUAUGUUAAAAAGGUUAUAGAGCCAAAAAUGAAAGCUGCGUUUUUAUAUAUAUAAAAGUUGUAGUAGAAGGGAUAGGGUGUUGAUGCUUUCAAUACAUUUAGCCAUUUAGGCUAUCUUGCCUUUGUGCCUUGAGACUCAAGCUAGGAAUAAGAAU